AUGGAACCUCAGCCCCCAACCUCGCUCAAUACCCAAACCCUCCCCCCACCCAUAACCAACGCCGAAGUCGUUUUACCAGCACCACCCGAGAUUGAGCUAUUUACUACUAACCGUGACGACAUGGACGACUACGUACAAGCAUUUGGCGCUCACAAGCACGGGUAUAACAUACGAAAAGGAAACUCGUCAACUGGCCUCAUCUGCCAUUAUCAUUGUCAUCGAGGUGGCUAUCCGCCUGUCGUCAAGGGACGCAAGCAACCAACACGAUCAGGCCGAAUCGGCUGCAAAUUCAAGAUGACAGCUCGAAUCAAUCACACAAACCAGUCCUGGAUGCUGAUUCAUAUUCAUCUUGGACACAAUCACGACCCCGAUCACACAGUCAAACCGCGAAACAGACGACCCAAGUCCAAAGCGACUAAACUUGACACCACAAAACUUGAACCUCACACUACACACUCAAUUUCUGACAAUACCUCCCAAGAAGCAUCUCGAAACCUCGAAACUUCCAAUUCUAACCAAGUUGACGCUUCGAUUCAACACCAUAACGAUACAUCACUGCAAAUGACGCUGGAUCAUGUCGCUGCACGACUCAAUGCCAUGUCACCAACCACAAGGCAGCAAAAGCUUAAUCAAAUCAAUUGUAUAAUCAGCGAACCUCCGAGGAUUUCAGCCCCAGAGUCUGUGAUCCAAAUCAAAGAACAUGAACACUACCUGUUUGAUGUAGAACCAAGGCAAGGAAAUACAUCAAUUGAUCGAAUGAUUGAGGACUUCUUAGGCCCUUUUUCUGAUCACGAUUCACAGGAAAAUUCACAAAUUCAAGCAGCAAUCGCAAUCGACCUAAUCCCCGUUGCAGCCUCUCCACCCCAACAACCCCAACAACGCAACUCACCCUCACCAGCAUGUCUUGACGCUGAAGAAAACUCGAAAACCAAUAUCAACAAUAAGAGCACCGAGACAAAUGCCACUGAGGCAACCGAUGAUCCAAGUGCUGUAAAUCUAAAACCAUCAAUUCAAACCGUACCCAAAAAAACCAGCAGUCCCUCGCGACUCAUCCCACUUGAAACCAACACUCCCCCUCAAGUGGUUACACGCCACCGGCUUCGCAAUUGUGCUCUCUCGCUGAAACCUCCACCUAACCCCUCACUUCCGGCCCUAUUGGCCAAAUACAAUAUUAAUACAUGGCUCACACCGUUUAUCACCGAUAUCCACGAAGUUAAAGCUGAUGGCCAUUGUGGUUUUCGAGCAAUUGCCGCAUCCCUUGGUCGUUCACAAGAAGACUGGCAAUUUGUACGCCAGAGCAUGGUGGCGACUUUGGAACAACAUCCUGAGACCUUUACCGAAAAACACCUACCUGGUACUCGAUCCGAAGCUCUAGCACGACUCCGUACCGACAAGGUCAACGUUGUUUUUGAACAACAACACUGGCUCUCGAUGCCAGGUUUUGGAGGACUGAUUGCUACAACUUUCGACCGACCUGUAAUCUACUAUGACCCCGCUGGCUCUAGUAUGGUCACAUUUCCGUACCUUUCACCACCCAACCAGAACCCCCCUAUUGUCAUCGCAUUCUACAACCUCCACUUCUGCUCACUAACAUUGGAUUACACUCUCACCGAUCUUCCAGUACCGCGACUGGAUCCCUCCUGGCGCCGACACCACUCGCUGAACGCCUCGACCUGGUCAGACAGGUGGACACCCCUUAUUGAGAAGCACACUGCAUUUUUAAGCCAACAUCAUGUAAAACGCAAGUCAAAAAGGCGUAAGCAGGCGUCUCCUAUAUCCAUCGACUAA